AAAAAAAAAAAAAAAAAGGCUCUGUCUGCUCAUUUUCUCUCCCUCGUUUUUCUCGCUCUCGUCUAUAAAAUUUCUUCGCCUCCCGCACCCUCCCUUUUCCUCUCCAUCUAUCUCUUGCAUUUCCCCAUCUUUUCUCUCUGCCUUCGGAUUUCUCUCUUCUUAAUGGCUAUUGCUGUAUCUCACCACGCCGCUUCGACUGUCGACUCCCAUCGACAUCAACUUCUCAAAAGCUCCGGAUGCCAUCAUGAGUUUGCCAAUGUCUCACUAAGACUGACUUCAAAAAUUCUCAAGAUCAACAUUGGACCGCUGAGUUAUAGCUUCGUAAAAAGGAACUUGAGCACAAUUCAAGCCUCGGUUUCUCAGACGUCAGUUUUCGAUGCUGUUUCAUCCCCCUCAUGGAAAAGCACCAGUGAUUCUUUAAAGAAACCAAGUGAAGCAGCUUUGAUAUUGGUUCGACAUGGUGAGUCUUUGUGGAAUGAGAAGAAUCUCUUUACUGGUUGUGUUGAUGUGCCACUAACCAAGAGAGGUGUGGAAGAGGCCAUUGAAGCUGGUAAGAGAAUCAGCAAUAUACCUGUCGACAUGAUAUAUACAUCAGCCCUAAUUCGUGCUCAGAUGACAGCCAUGCUUGCUAUGACUCAACACCGACGAAAGAAGGUCCCUAUCUUUAUCCAUAAUGAGACCGAACAGGCCAAGGCAUGGAGUCAAAUUUUCAGUGAAGACACCAAAAAGCAAUCUAUUCCAGUCAUAGCUGCUUGGCAGUUGAAUGAAAGAAUGUAUGGAGAACUACAGGGUCUCAAUAAGCAAGAAACAGCGGAGAGAUAUGGGAAGGAGCAGGUUCAUGAGUGGCGCCGGAGUUACAACAUCCCUCCACCCAAUGGUGAGAGUUUGGAAAUGUGCGCUGAAAGAGCUGUUGCUUAUUUUAUGGAUAAUAUUGAACCCCAGCUUCUUGCUGGAAAGAAUGUACUAAUUGCUGCGCAUGGAAAUUCAUUGAGGUCCAUCAUUAUGUAUCUCGACAAACUUACUUCCCAGGAGGUAAUUAGUUUGGAAUUAUCAACUGGAAUACCUUUGCUUUACAUAUUCAAAGAAGGAAAAUUCAUAAGGAGGGGAAGUCCCGUUGGUCCUACAGAGGCUGGAGUUUAUGCUUAUACUAGGCAUUUGGCUCAGUACCGGCAGAAGUUGGAUGAGAUGAUGCAUUAGUAUGUAUUCCAAUUACAGAUAAGCUGAAGAUCAACUUCAGCCACUGGUUUUCUUCUUUUACGUCCAGCUCCUAAAAAUGUACCUGCAUCUUUUUUUACCUCUUCAGAAGCCUACUUUACAUUGCAUUGGAGUCGUUUGGUAUAUUCAAUUAGGUUACAAAAAUGGAGAUUAGUAUAGCGCUUGUGCAGAAAACAACAGUUAAACACUUGGGUAGAGUUGUUGACCGGCAGAUCCGAAAAGCUGGCAAGUGUUUUUUUUUUUUGUUUGGUUUUUGGUUAAUAAAAUGUAAGUCCCUGCUUAUGCACUCUCUUUAGGUUAGGUUAUAUGCAAAUCUGUGUGGGAGGAGGGAUGUUAAAUCCUGUAACUGAAAGACUGAAAUAUAGUAGCUUUUUCCCCCAA